UCUCCUGCUGUCCCCGAGAUCCCUCCUCUGCCCCAGGAUGGCGGCCGGCCUGCAGGGCUGGCUGCUCUGGGCCCUGCUCCUGUGCUCCGCCCGGGGCGAGCUGUACACACCCAUUCACAAGCCCGGCUACUGCACCUCCUACGAGGAGUGUGGGAGUAACCCAGAGCUGUCCGGGGGCCUCACGUCGCUGUCCAACGUGUCCUGCCUGUCCAACACCCCAGCCCGCCUCCUCACAGGCGACCACCUGGCCCUGCUGCAGCGCAUCUGUCCUCGCCUCUAUGCCGGCCCCAAUACCACCUACGCUUGCUGCUCCACCAAGCAGCUGGUGUCACUGGAGAUGAGCAUGACCAUUACCAAGGCUCUCCUCACCCGCUGCCCGGCCUGCUCUGACAACUUUGUCAGCCUGCACUGCCAGAACACCUGCAGCCCCAACCAGAGCCUCUUCAUCAACGUCACCCGCGUGGUCCCCCGGGAAGCCAGCAAGCCCCCUGCCGUGGUGGCCUACGAGGCUUUCUACCAGCGCAGCUUCGCAGAGGCGGCCUAUGAGUCCUGCAGCCAGGUGCGCAUCCCUGCAGCCGCCUCGCUGGCUGUGGGCACCAUGUGUGGUGUGUAUGGCUCUGCCCUUUGCAAUGCCGAGCGCUGGCUCAACUUCCAGGGAGACACGGGGAAUGGCCUGGCCCCCCUGGAGAUCACCUUCCACCUCUGUGAGCCCGGCCAGGCCCUGCGCGAUGGCAUGCAGCCUCUGGAUGCGAUGAUCGUGGGCUGUAAUGAGACCCAGGGCAACGGUACGGCGGCCUGCUCCUGCCAGGACUGUGCUGCCUCCUGCCCCACCAUCCCUCCGCCCUCCAGCCUGCGUCCCUUCUUCUACAUGGGCCACUUGCCUGGCUGGGUGGUCCUCAUCGUCAUCUUCUGCUCCGUCUUCGUGCUGCUCAUUGCCAUCCUUGCCCGUCUCCGAGCAAUUUCCGAGAGGAGGGCCAGGACCCAGGGCCCCCCAGGGGCCCCCAGCCCUCCGAAGAAACGUAGCUGCUCCCCACACACCGUCCUUGGCCGGUUUUUCGAGAGCUGGGGAAGAACGGUGGCCUCGUGGCCACUGACUGUCCUGACAUUGUCCCUCAUGGUAGCUCUGGGCUUGGCGUCGGGCCUGACAUUUGUGAAACUCACCACAGACCCCGUGGACCUGUGGUCGGCCCCCAAAAGCCAAGCCCGGCAGGAGAAGGAGUUCCACGACCAGCAUUUUGGCCCCUUCUUCCGAACCAACCAGGCUUUCCUGACGGCAACAAACCGGUCCAGCUACAAGUACAACUCCCUGUUGCUGGGGCCCAAGAACUUCAGUGGGAUCCUGAGCCUGGACCUGGUGCUGGAGGUGCUGGAAUUGCAGGAGAGGCUGCGGCAUCUGCAGGUGUGGUCGCCCAAGGCACAGCGCAACAUCUCCCUGCCUGACGUCUGCUAUGCGCCCCUCAACCCCCACAAUGCCAGCCUCUCUGACUGCUGUGUCAACAGCCUCCUGCAGUACUUCCAGAACAACCGCACGCUCCUGCUGCUUGUCGCCAACCAGACGCUGCUGGGCCAGACCGCCGAGGUGGACUGGAGGGAUCACUUUCUCUACUGCUCCAAUGCCCCCCUCACCUUCAAAGAUGGCACAGCCCUGGGCCUGAGCUGCAUGGCUGACUACGGGGCCCCUGUCUUCCCUUUCCUCGCUAUGGGUGGGUACCAAGGGGAGGAGUACUCAGAGGCGGAGGCCCUCAUCAUGACCUUCUCCCUCAACAACUACCCCGCGGACGACCCCCGGCUGGCUCAAGCCAAGCUCUGGGAGGAGGCGUUCGUGCAGGAGCUGAAAGCCUUCCAGCAGAGGAUGGCCGGCACGUUCCAGGUCGCCUUCAUGGCUGAGCGCUCUCUGGAGGAUGAGAUCAACCGAACGACACUCACGGACCUGCCUGUCUUUGCCGUCAGCUACAUUGUCAUCUUCUUGUACAUCUUCCUGGCCCUGGGCAGCUACUCUAGAUGCGAACUAGUGCCGGUGGAGUGCAAGGCCACGCUUGGCCUGGGAGGGGUGGCCGUGGUGCUGGGAUCAGUUGUGGCUGCCAUGGGCUUCUACUCCUACCUGGGCGUCCCCUCCUCCCUGGUCAUCUUCCAAGUGGUGCCCUUCCUGGUGCUGGCGGUGGGUGCCGACAACAUCUUCAUCUUUGUCCUCGAGUACCAGAGGCUGCCGCGGAGGCCUGGGGAGGGGCGAGAGGCCCACAUCGGCAGAGCCCUGGGCAGCGUGGGCCCCAGCAUGCUGUUGUGCAGCCUCUCAGAGACCAUCUGCUUCUUCCUGGGGGCCCUGACGCCCAUGCCAGCCGUGCGGACCUUCGCCCUGACCUCUGGCCUGGCGGUCUUCCUCAACUUCCUGCUGCAGAUGACUGCCUUCGUGGCCCUGCUCUCCCUGGACAGCAAGAGGCAAGAGGCCCUCCGCCCCGACAUCUUCUGCUGCCUUGCCCCCCGGAAGGUGGCCCCAUCUGACCAAAAGGAGGGCCUCCUGCUCAGCUUCUUCCGCAAGAGAUACAUACCCUUCCUGCUGCAUGGCUUCAUCCGCCCUGUCGUGCUGCUGCUGUUCCUGGCCCUGUUUGCGGGGAGCCUCUACUGCAUGAGUCACCUCGUCGUGGGGCUGGACCAGGAGCUGGCACUGCCCAAGGACUCCUACCUGCUCGACUACUUCCUUUUUCUGAACCGCUACUUUGAGGUGGGGCCCCCAGUGUACUUUGUCACCACCUCAGGCUACAACUUCUCCAGCGAGGCUGGCAUGAAUGGCAUCUGCUCCAGCGCAGGCUGUGACCCCUUCUCUAUGACCCAGAAGAUCCAGUAUGCCACCAGGUUCCCUGACCAGUCCUACCUGGCCAUCCCUGCUUCCUCCUGGGUGGACGAUUUCAUCGAUUGGCUGACCCCAUCCUCCUGCUGCCGCCUUUAUACCUCGGGUCCCCAUAAGGAUGAGUUCUGUCCCUCAACGGAGAGUGCCUUUCGGUGCUUAAAGAACUGCAUGAGCUUCACAACUGGCCCUUUACGGCCCACGGUGGAGGAAUUCCACAAGUAUCUUCCCAUUUUCCUGACUGAUCUGCCCAAUAUCAACUGCCCCAAAGGUGGCAUGGCAGCCUAUGGGACCUCCGUGAACCUGAGCGCAGAUGGACAGGUUAUAGCCUCCCAGUUCAUGGCCUACCACAAGCCCCUGAAGAACUCGCAGGACUUCACAGAGGCCCUGCUGGCCAUGCGCGUGCUGGCGAACAACAUCACAGCUGAGCUUCGGAAGGUGCCGGGGACAGACCCGGCCUUCAAGGUCUUCCCCUACACGUUAACCAACGUGUUCUACCAGCAGUACCUGACUGUGCUGCCCGAGGGCGUCUUCACGCUGGCACUCUGCUUCCUGCCCACCUUCGUGGUCUGCUACUUCCUGCUGGGCCUGGACAUCCGCUCUGGCCUCCUCAACCUUCUCGUCAUCAUCAUGAUCCUCGUGGACACCAUCGGCCUCAUGGCCAUGUGGGGCAUCAGUUACAAUGCUGUGUCCCUCAUCAACCUGGUAGCGGCGGUGGGCAUGUCUGUGGAGUUCGUGUCCCACAUCACCCGCUCCUUUGCCAUCAGCACCAAGCCCAGCCGCCUGGAGAGGGCCAGGGAGGCCACCAUCUCCAUGGGCAGUGCGGUAUUCGCUGGGGUGGCCAUGACCAACCUGCCGGGCAUCCUCGUCCUGGGCCUGGCCCAGGCCCAGCUCAUCCAGAUCUUCUUCUUCCGCCUCAACUUCCUAAUCACCAUGGUGGGUCUGGUGCAUGGCCUGAUCUUCCUGCCUGUCAUCCUCAGCUACCUGGGACCUGAUGUCAACCCUGCUCUGGUGCUGGAGCAAGAGCGAGUGCAGGGAGCGGCAACAGCCCCGAAGGCCUCCUGCCCCAAGUAGCCCCUUCCUCUCAGUGCCACCACCGCCUACACCUAUGUCAACCAUGGCUUCAGUGGCCCGACCAUGGCAGCUGGGGCCUACAGCAGCCCUGUGCCCAGGAGUGGGUGGGAGCACCUGGCACCGUGGCUCUGACGGAGGGCCACCAGGGUCUCCCCUGGGCUCAGCCCUUUGCCCACCCCUCCUCAGGGCUCAGGAGACACUGUUCCAGGAAGGUGGCUAUUGCUCUGGCCAUGAGCUGUCCAGCAGCACCAUGAUGGCUCCUUUGUGUCCUUCAGGCCUUGGCCAGCUGAGAUGGCCUUUUCCUUCUGGACCCAAGUCUCGGAGCCUCUGGGCAGAUAUACUCCAUGUUUAUCCUGGGCUUGGACUUUCUCACGGAUGCCCGCUUCUCACCCAGUUCUUGCUUCUUUCAAGUCUCCCGUCAAAAAAAUCUCCUUUCUUGAACCAGACGUGGUGGUAGAUCCCUGUAUCCCAGCACUCAAGAGGCUGAGGCAGGAGGAUCACCACCACGAAUUCCAGGCCAGUCUGGAUGACCUGAGAGCUUAUCUCAACAAAACAACAACAACAAAGUCUUCAUUUUCUGCCACUCACCAGUGUGCCCAACCACAGAGUGACCUUAUCCUGGGCUGCAGGAGACCAGGGAGAGGCAAAGGGGUCCCUGCAGAUCCACCACCCAGGGUUCUUUCUGGGAGGGAAGGGCUCGAUCACUGGUUCACUCCAUGUGGAAAAUGGAAUUUGGUUUGGGCGCUAGUUCCAGCCACCGGUAAGGCUGUGCUGAAAGUCAUGGCCACUGUGUGUCUGAAGGCUGGGAGUUUUGGAGGCUGGGCAGGUCCUCCUACUUCAGAGGUCCUCCUUCACCUCAAGCCACCCGACUUGGGCCCCUAUGCAGAACUUCUGGGCAUUACUGGUUGUGUGUGUUGGCAUUUGGCUGUAAUCCCAGCACUCAGUAGGCUGAGGCAGGAGGAUCGCUGUGAGUUCAAGGCCAGCCUUGGCUACACAGUGAGUUGAAGGCCAGUCUGAACUGCACACCGAGACCCUGUCUCAAGAAAGAAAAACAAAGCAAAACAAAGAAAUACACAUAAAAAACAAAACCUUGGAGCAACUCGGUCUGUGCAAAGUACAUGAUGCUUAAUAAACAUUUCAC